AUGGCGAGUCACGGCAUAUCACGCGGAUCAGAUCCCGGUGUCCGUUCAGAAGAGGCGCGACAGAAGGAGCUUGACCGCAUCAAGGACUACACAGGGUUAGUAGAACUUGUGAAUGCAAAGAUUGCGGAGAAGCAGUACAGCAUCGAUGCUCUUGGAUUGAUCACAAAACUUCUCAAUGAGAACCCCGAGUAUUACACGAUAUGGAACCACCGAAGACGCGUACUACAAUCUCUGGUCGCCGGCGAAGCUGAACCAGCGGAUGAUUUGUUACAAGGUGAUCUGCAGCUCACAUUUUCGCUCUUACGCAAAUUCCCCAAAUGCUACUGGAUAUGGAAUCACAGGAACUGGCUCCUCCAACAAGGUGAAACACUAUUGGGUCGCGAGGCGGCGAGCAAGCUUUGGUCAGGCGAGCUACAGUUGAUUGGGAAGAUGCUACAGGCUGACAGUCGCAAUUUCCAUGCGUGGGGCUACAGGCGAAUUGUAGUGGCACAGCUUGAGCGCCUGGCAGAUGCCUCCCUCAGCACAGACUACACCUCAGCUAGUCUCACAGAGUCUGAGUUUGAGUAUACCACCAAGAUGAUCAAGACGAAUCUGUCCAAUUUCUCUGCAUGGCACAACCGUAGCCAGCUUAUUCCUCGCCUUCUCAAGAACCGAAAGGCAGAUCCACAGACACGCAGGGCAUUCCUCGACUCAGAGCUCUCUCUCAUCUGUGAAGCCAUCAACACCGACCCCUUUGACCAAUCCAUAUGGUUCUACCAUCAACACCUCCUUUCAAUCAUGUCACCAUCGUGUCCUCGUCAUCAGCUUAUAGUAGAGGACCUGACCAAUGGCGAGCGACAGAGCUACUACGAGCAUGAGAUGAAGUACAUCCGAGAGAUACUCGAGGAUGAAGCAGACUGCAAGUGGAUAUACGAGGCGCUACUCGUACUCGCAGAAGCAUGCUUGGAGACCGAUGCUGGAACUGGUUCCUUCACAACAAAAGACAUGCGUAUAUGGUUAGAUGCGCUGAAACGUCUCGAUCCGCUGCGAAGAGGGCGAUGGUGUGAUUUGGAGGCUCGGCUCGGGUUGUGA